AUGAUCCUCGAAGAAGAAGUUGAGACGCCGCCGCAGAAAAAGGCCAAGCUUCCGCCAGCACAACCCCCACCGCCGUUUCACCAUCAACCAUGUCUCUCCCUUUCUUCACUUCCAAACGACAUCACUUUGAAUUGCUUCGCACGCAUCCCAAAAUCUUAUUACCCUAAAAUCUCCCUCGUCUCCAAGACCUUUCGCUCUCUCCUCUCUUCCUCAGAUCUCUACGCCGCACGUUCUCAAAUGGGCACCACCGAGAUAUGCCUAUACAUCUGUCUACAGUACUCCACCGAGCACUUCACACUUCCAUCUCCACGAUGGUUCUGUCUCUAUGUGAAACCUAAGCGAAACCUAACCGAUGGUAGAACUAAAGAGAAAUCAAGUGGAAACCUCUUGGUUCCUGUUCCGAAUCAUUCUCCUUCUCCUCCUCCUCCCCAUGCAUCUUCCACCGUAAUGAUUGGCUCGCAAAUCUACUUAUUCGGUGGACCAUUGGAUGAUAACGUAAGAGACUACUCCGCAGCGGUUAGGGUUUAUGAGUGUAGGAGUAAGACGUGGCGUAAUCUUCCUAACAUGAAUAUGGAGAGAUGUUACGCGUCAGCAUGUGUCCAUGAUGACAAGAUUUAUGUAAUGGGAGGAUGUAGAGCUAGGUUUGAACACCAAAGUUGGUUUGAGAUGUUUGACAUCAAGACACAGACUUGGGAAACCCUACCGGCGAAUCCUGAUCAAAAGGUAAGGUUGGGAUGUAAGAACGUACGCAAAAUCGGUGUGGCGCAUGAAAAGAUUUACGUAAAGACUGAUCUUGAGCUCAAUGAUUGGGUCUAUGACUUGAAGGAAAGAAAAUGGAGUGUUGCGGAUUUGGAAUUGAGUUUAUAUUGGUCAAACUCUUGGUGUGUGAUAGACAAUGUGAUAUAUUCAUACUCUUUCUCGAGGUACGUGUGGUAUGAUUUAAAGAGUGGCAGGUGGAAAAAUGUGAGAGGAUUGGAACUACUGAGGAAGUAUCGUAGUUUUAGUGGGGUUAGUAGUGGUUAUCCGAAUUGUGUGGUUGAGUUAGUGAACUAUGGUGGGAAACUCGUGAUUGUGUGGGAUAAGUUUGAGCGGCGUGGUCGUAGUCAGAAGAAUAUUUGGUGUGCUGUGGUUGCGUUGAGAAGAAUCAAUAAUGGAAGUAUAGUUUGGGGGGAGAUUGAGUGGUUCGAUGUUGUGUAUACUGUCCCCAAGUCAUAUGAGUUCUUGCAUAGUCUAGCCGUUUCGGUUUGA